AUGGGAUACUACGAGAUUACAAUAAUAAUUUAUUUUAUUGUUAUUUUUUUCUUGUUUAGUGCUGAAAAGGAAGUCCCUGUCAUUCAUAUUUAUGAUGGAAGAGGGGAAAAUAAAGAAUUAACGGCAUUAAGUAAUAUUCACAACUCUCCAAUACUCUUCAUGAAGUAUAACAGUCAUUAUGAUGUCAUAGUCUCAGCUGAUUCUACUGGUAUGUUAGAGUACUGGUCAGGCUCCACUUACUCGUUUCCAAAAGCUGUGAAAUUUGAAUCAAAACUUGAUACUGAUCUCUAUGAAUUCAUUAAGCACAAGACAACACCCACUUCUCUUGUCUUCUCUCCAAACGGAAAAUUAUUUGUAUCAACUUGUCAUGAUAGGAAGGUGAGAGUAUUUCAUUUCUUAACUGGUAAACUACAUAGAGUGUUUGAUGAGUCCUUGGAUAUUUUCACACAGCAGCAACAAGCAACCCCUCAGUUAAGUAAUAUGGAGUUUGGUAGGAGGCUGGCAGUUGAGAGAGAAUUGGAGCGAUCACCGUCUUAUUACCUCACUAAUGCAAUUUUUGAUGAUAGCAGUAAUUUUAUUAUUUAUUCUACAAUGAUGGGAAUCAAAGUUAUUAAUCUAGUGACUAAUAAAUGUGUUAGAGUGUUAGGCAAGGAGGAGAAUGCACGUUUCAUUCAAUUGGCAUUGUAUCAAGGGAAAGUUGGAAAGAAGAAAGCAGUUAGUAUUGAGAUGGAGGUGUCUGAUAAUCCUGGUCUACUCAAAGACACAUCUGACCCCACAUUGAUAUGUACUGCUUACAAAAGAAACAGGUUUUACAUGUUUAGCAGACGAGACCCUGACGACAAGAAAGGAACUGAAGAUGAGAGAGAUGUGUUCAAUGAAAAACCAUCCAAAGAGGAAAUGAUGGCUGCUACUCAGUCCUCAAGUACAUCCCGAGUUAGUUCAACGGCUGUGAUGCACACUACACUUGGUGACAUUCAUCUUAAACUCUUCCCGGAAUAUUGUCCUAAAACAGUUGAGAAUUUCUGUGUUCAUGUCAGUAAUGGCUAUUAUAAUAAUCACAUAUUCCACAGAGUUAUUAAAUCAUUCAUGAUACAAACUGGGGACCCUACAGGUACUGGUACAGGUGGUACUUCUAUUUGGGAUGGAGAGUUUGAAGAUGAGUUCCAUCCAAGUCUUAAGCAUGACAGACCAUAUACUCUCUCAAUGGCUAAUGCUGGCCCUAAUACUAAUGGAUCACAAUUCUUUAUUACUGUUGUGCCCACUUCAUGGCUAGAUAACAAGCACACUGUUUUUGGGAGGGUGUUUCGUGGAAUGGAUGUUGCCCAGAAGAUCAGUGAAGUCAAAACUGACCCAAGGUCAGACAAACCUUAUGAUGACAUAAAAAUAAUGAACAUUACUUUAAAAUGAAUGUAUACUUUAUGUAAUAAUGGUUGGUAUCUUAAUAAUAA